CAGCACGGCUCAGCUCAGCUCCUCUCCUCCCCUCUCAGUCCGGCCCCCUCGGUGAUCGCGCAGAGUUCCGCCUCUGCACAGCACAGCACAGCGCCGGGGAGUCUGUGGGCGCCCGUCUCUCCCGGCGGGAAGGGGAAGGGGAAGGGGGAAAGCAGCUUCUUGUGGGCGACAUCCGAACAGUUGUACUGGGAGCGAUUAUCCCUCUCGCUGGAAUGCGAGACUCUGCUUGAGCCGUGGCUUGUGAGGGAGACCUGUACCGCAGUGAGCACGGUUUCCACAAGAAAACCAACAUAUUCAGAAGAGUUUCAGCCCAGUUCCAUGUGGAGUUUACUCCGUAUGCCCUCCGCUGGGUUAACAAAUCCAGAUUAAAGUCUUCCCUUAUGGCUACCUUCUUUCUUGGACUACUUCUGUUUCUGGUCCACCCAGUGGUGGUGCCCUCCAGGCCAAGAUUUGACCUUAAGUAUAGGAUCCCGCCUCAUGCCAUGCGCUAUACAUUGCCGAAUAACUACUCCAGCCAGAAGAUCUACCAGCCACUUGUCUUUCCCAAUGGGACUAGCCAGAGGUUGCCUCAGACCAUAAUCAUUGGAGUGAGGAAAGGUGGCACCAGAGCUCUCCUGGAAAUGCUGAACUUGCAUCCGGAUGUUACUGCAGCAGAAAGUGAAAUCCAUUUCUUUGACUGGGAAGAAAACUAUGCGAAAGGUCUUCAAUGGUAUGGCAAGCAAAUGCCACUUUCCUACCCCCGUCAACUCACGGUGGAAAAAACUCCAGCUUAUUUCACCUCGUCUGAAGUGCCUGAGAGAAUCUAUAACAUGAAUAAAACAACUCGGCUCCUCUUGAUCCUACGAGACCCAACCGAGCGAGUUAUUUCUGACUACACGCAAGUAUUCUUCAAUCGUAUGCAAAAGCACAAACCCUUUCAGUCAGUUGAGGAAAUGCUAAUCAGAAAUGGCCGGGUAAAUCUGGACUACAAGGCAGUCAACCGCAGUUUGUAUUACAUCCACAUGCAAAACUGGCUGAAAUAUUUUCCUCUCAGCCAGAUUCACAUUGUAGAUGGUGAUCAACUCAUUAAAGAGCCUUUCCCUGAAAUGGAGAAAGUUGAGCGAUUCCUCAUGCUGUCCCCAAGGAUUAAUGCGUCCAAUUUUUACUUCAACAAAACUAAAGGAUUUUACUGCCUCCGGGAUGGCGUGAGGGAACGAUGCUUGCACGAGUCUAAGGGAAGAACCCAUCCUCAAGUAGACUCCACUGUACUCAACAAACUCCAUGAAUUCUUCAGUGAACCCAAUCGCAAAUUCUUUGAAACAGUUGGAAGAACCUUUGAUUGGCAUUAACUUAAUGUGUGAAGAUUCUUUUCUAAAAAUGCGUUGCAUAAUGUGCAAAAUUAUACUGAAUUAGUAACUUAAAUAAAUAUCCUUAGAAUGAGUGAAGUAACUGUACAAUAUUACAAGUAGGGGCAUCUUCAUUCAGAGCUAGUUAUAUUUUUCUAUAUUGUGGCAACAAUGUUGUAAAGCUCAGCUUCCCGCUGUGAUUUUUUAUUACGUAUCUUAGGUAACCAAAAUAUCUCAGUUCUUGCAAUGUGGUGUUCCAUGGAAAGGGAGAAACUGUAUACGCUCCUUGUAUUCCCUACCAUGCUGCAGAUGCAUUUUAAAGACAACAUGUACUUUCCCUUUGACUUUGUGAGUAAACAUUCUUUCCCAAAGAGUGCAAUAUUUCAGUCCAAUUGUUAUUCCCAAAUUAUAUAAUCGCUGUUAUUGUUCAGUACGUAUAACAUUUCCCCACAACUGGGCAAUGUUGUGAAUGGACUGUAAUAGUUUAGCGAUUGUGAUUUCAUUAUUGAGGUGAAAACCUAGCAUUUAUAUAUUUGUUACUAGUUCCCACGGUAUUUAAAUUUUAUUUUGUUUCUAUUUAUUUCCGCGGGGAGAGGGAUGAUUUGGAAAAUUUUGUAUUCUGGAGUAUCCAGACGGUCAAUCCUGUGUUGUGAUGGAUGCUCUGUAAGUGUCAUUUUUUUUGUAAAAAUCCAAAAUUUUUGGAGCUGAUUAUGUACUAACUUGACCAUAUACUAUGAAAUAAAGCGCCAAUGUUUGUAA